AUGAACCAACUGGAACAGAAUGGUGAAGCGUCAGGAUCACUGACUCAUAAACAGUGUGCCAUUCAUUGCAAAUGGGAUUUCUGUUCCGAGACCUUUCUGUCCUUCUCCGAAUGGCAGACGCACUUCACGGUAGAACACAUCGCAUAUGCUCAACCUAUAGAUCUGACGGGUAGGAAUUUGAGGAAAAGGAAGGAAUUCGGUCAAUGGGAAGUGAUAGAUCCAAGCCCUCGUCCUGCAAAUGGACUCCCUAUCAACCCCCAUCCAUCUCAAACGACAGGAGACAUCACAACCUCCACUCAUACCUUAUCCUUUCCAGUACCACCCUCUUUUCAAUCAUUGCCUGAUCCACCCGCAUCAGGUGCGAUCCCCUCAGACUAUCAUUUGUCUUUCCACAAACACGAUGAGAGAGGUAUACAGGAUCACGAGAACGACGUGAGGUUAUAUCAAUCAUUCCUAAGAUCACCUUCUCCGGAACUCGGUCAGUCUGGCUCUGGAUCAGGCAGUAUACAACUCCCUCCUCCUGGUCAGAGAUCGAAGACCCCUCCUUGGACCCCAUCUCAACCUUCUGUCAGUUCUCAACGAGGACCCAACUCAGCUUCAGGUUCAAAGCCGUCCAACCCUAGCACACAUCCUCCUGCAUCCAUAUCCGACUUCAAUUCUCCUUUUCGGACCUCUCAAUCUAUAUCUUCUCAAGUAUCGCCAGAUCAGCAGACGAUCAAUCCCACUGGUCUUCCAGCCACUCAGGGGGCUAUACCGCUGCGAUUCGGUGCGGCUUUGGGUAAGGGAGAAGGUACAUCACCGUUCAAGGAGAGUCCAACAGCCCAAGGACGGACUGUGGGGUUCAAUUGGGGUGGCAGCUCCUGA